AUGGGUGGAAAUAGUGGUGGGUCCAUCUACGGGCGGUUCAAGGUCGCGCUCUUCCUCAGUAACCUUUACGUUACCCUUCCUCUUCCUCUUCUCAGACUCUGCAUCGUGAACACAGAUGGGGCUGUUUUCACGCACAGCCUUUUCAUCGGCUUCUUUGCAAGAAGAUAUGCGUAUUCUGAUGCGGGGCUCGAUGCGGCUGGUACGACGACCAUUCUCCUCUACAAGCUCAAGCCUCGUGCGAGAUGCGGCACCACCUUCCCCCUACCCAUGGUGGACUCAUCUGCCCUACAUACCCUCGCUACCUUAAUCCACUCCCUUGAAUGCCGCACACGGAGUACGACUGGCGACAAGGACGGGGGCCGUGGGUUGCGGUUGCGAGCUCUUUGGAUUGAACCGGAGGGUAGGGGGUUGGGAACAGCAUGGAGCAGCCCGUGGAAAGCGGUCGGGGGUGGUGUAGGGGCCUUUUGGGGCAAGGGGUUUUGUUGCUGGGACGGGGAAGAGGGCUGUUGCCCAAGAUGUGGCUACACACGUCACACAUUCUUGUCUUGCUACGUGUUUCAUUAUCCGUUGCAAUGUUUGAAGCAGUCACUGAUCGCUGACCCGUGUCUUGAAGCCGGGAUAGCUGCACGCGAUGUUGAUGAGCACGAUCUUGUCCUCAAAUUGGCCAUGAUGCGGGAAAAUAUUAUUACUGUAUAA